UUUUCAACCUAGAAAUUUUUACUUCCACCGAUCUACAUCUGAGAAGGAGAUACAUUUACUUUGACUUGACUGUGUGCAAAUUCGUGAGAAGUUGCAGAGAGUGGUAGGAGAACACCCCCCUUGAACUUCACACAGUUGCUUAUUCCCAUUUCUUUCUUUUUUUUUUUUAAUUCUUAAGCUUCCAAUGCAACCUAACUCACCGCUUUUCGCUCCUGACCUGUUGGUUCUACCCGAUGAAGAGAUCCACGAUGAAAAUUCAACGUUAAUCCCCGCGUUACCUGAUAAACCCUUAGCUUCAAAUUCAUCUUUCCAGUUGUACAUUAUCCCCGCGGAGAAGAACCUCUUCAUUGAGGGUUUUGAUGCCGUGGAGUAUGCUGAUAGACCGCCAACACUUCUCCGUGGAUGUCUUUACUUGCGAGUGUUGAAACCAACGAAGUUGAAAAGUAUCAGUCUUACUUUCAAAGGGGUGCAGAGAACCGACUGGCCGGAGGGAAUUCCACCAAAGAAGAACCAAUACGCUGAGGUCAACGAUGUGACGCUGCAUACGUGGCCCUUUUACACUCAGGGGAACCCAAUCCAAGGAUUGAAUUGUGGUGCUGACCAUUUCCAGGAACUCCCACGUUCCUGUACCAAUAGUAGCAUUAAUGAUGGUGCCGAAAUCUCAAACCUACUGCUUGCAGAAACACAGAUACGUUCAAUCUCUCCAUUACCAAUGCGUGCAAUGCUGCAGCAACAGUUGCAAUCAACAGCAUUAGGUCAAUCAGAAUCUAUCGGGUCUGGAAUUGGAGAUUUCUUCUCGCGAACAAUUUCACUUUCUCCUGCUGCUGCAACCAUCAUCAAAAGAGCAACCAGAUCUCCAUCACCUUCACCCUCUCGUUCAAGAAGUAAUACCCUUAACCUUAAUCCAACAGGAUCUAGAACUGAUCUUACUUCAAUCAUAUCUGAUGAUUCCAAUUCUAAAGACUUGUUCAUUCCUGGAGAUUAUAUUUAUAAUUUUGAACAUGCUAUCCAUCCAUCCACCCCGGAAUCAUGUAAAGUUACAUUUGGUGAAUGUAGCUAUUACCUUGAAGCAAACAUUGUAAGACCGGGUACAUUUAAGCUGAACGUUACUGUUCGACAUCCAGUAAACAUUGUUCGUAUCCUUGCACUGAAUAACCUUGAAGAAAAUGAACCUAUUGUCAUUACUAGAGAUUGGGAAGACCAAUUACAAUAUGAUAUCAUUAUUGGAAGUAAGUCAGUUAUUUUGAACUCAUACAUCCCAUUGGGCUUUAGAUUUGUUCCUCUUUGGGGGAAGGUUGCACUUCAUAGAAUCAGAGUAUACCUUUCAGAAAACUUGGAAUAUUAUUGCCACAAUAAAAAGGUUCAUAGAACAGAACCAGGAAAGAAAUAUUUGUUAUUAGAACAUAAGGCUAAAAAGGGUAAGUCCCUUUUAUCAAAAAGUGGUGGAUGUCAAGAAGACGAUGAAAAUGAGGAACCUGAUGCUGAUGAAGAAGAAGUUCUUCCUAGAGAAUUGGAAUUCCAAGUCUAUGUCCCUCAAGUUUUAAAGGAGAAAUUCCACCAUGAAAUCCAUCCAGAUACUUCUUUUACAAACAUACAGGCACAUCAUUGGAUGAAAAUUUGUCUUCGGAUAUCAAGAAUUGAUCCUAAUAAUCCAGAGAAGAGGAAACAUUAUGAGAUUCUGAUUGAUUCUCCCAUUCGAAUUUUGUCUCAUUUACACACACACGAUAAUACUUUACUCCCAGUCUAUGAACUGCAAAAUCAACAGACUUGUCUCCCAUUGUACUCUCCUUCAUCCCCACCGUUAUCUCCAGGUGUGAUUCCAGUGGAUGGAUGUUCAAUUCUUGGAAAUUUGAACAAUGCAAGCAAUUCUUUGGAUGCAGUGAUGGAAACUAAUACUUUCUCCCCACAACGUAACAUAUCUGCAAGAAUUCCACCCGUAAGAGAACUUCUGCCGUCUGGUCACGAGUUUCAUCAUUUACAUUCCCCUGACUGUAAUGAUGUACCAAUGGAGAGAGAUCGCGAUAUGCAUCUUGAAGCUAAUUUGUAUAAACCCAAGGAGGAGGAUUGUGAGCCAGUUUUGAGAUCUCUACAAGCAGUUCCAUUCGAGUCUCCCGUAGGAUCACCAAUUCAAAGGUCUGUGCAAUUUGUUCGCAAACCGUCAAUUAACCCUCCAGCAUUUGAUGAUGUUGCAGGACCUCCAAUUGAUCAUUUGAUCCUAAACCCACCUCCGGAGUACGAAGAGGAGGACACAUUAGGUCGCCAAGCAAUAGGACCAGAAGAAGGCGAAGAAGAGGACGAUGAAGAGGAUGAUGAUUCGAAACUAGUUGGUGACGAGGACUACUCGAGAAGGGGUAGAAGUCGUGGAAACCCCCAAAAUGUACUUGUUAUACCUCCUAGUCCAACGGAGUCAGAACCAGCAUCAGCGCCUUUGAUUGAGCCUCGAUCGCAAGAUGACGAACAAGAUAUUGUGGAUACAUAUGAACCAACCAGGGAUCAAUUGAGCCCCAAACUAAACUCUAACUCGAGAAAGUCAUCAGUUUCAUCACUUGCCUCUUCAUCUUUUGAAAAAUCAAUACAAACCCCAAUUGAAGGUAUCCCACUUCUUAAUGAAUCAACUACAUCAUUAGAUGUCGGGGCAAAUUCUGGGGUUAAAAGUCGAAACUCAUCUAUAAUUUCGUUUUUGAAUAAUGCAACCCGUCAAAACGCCACUCUGAUGAACUUAAAUACAAGUGAUGAUUUAUAUCACAUAAAUGGGAAUUUAUUGCUGUUGCGUAACCCAAGAAUAAAGAAACACUAUCAAGAAGAAGAAAUCGACCAAGAUGAACACUCCACCAUUUCAAAGCUAAGACAAAAGAGUUUUGGUGUUGUCGAUGAUCCUAGACUUCAAAUUUCAUCUGAAAGUGAUGACACAAGUACUGAGGAACAACGUGAAAUGACAACAACCGAAUCCAAAAUGACAAACCAAGUAGAGGGCCUUAAUCUUGGCUAUAUUAUAGAGUAGUUGAAAUGAAAAGAUCUAAUAUAGAAUUUAUCACAUUGACUUACAUGUAGCUAGCAAAUAUCGAGGUGAGGUGAUUUUUCUUUUAAGUUUCUAUAAAAGGGAU